UAACUCUCUAAACCAAUACGAUCGUCUGUGGUUCUUCUUGUCGGAUUCCCUCGCCUCGGAGAAGAGAAAAAAUUUUUUUCUACUUUUCUUCUUCUCCCCUUCUCUCUCUCUCUCUCUCUCUCUCACUCUCACAUCUACUUUCGCCCCUCCUCCCCGGUCAAUGAUCUGGAGACAGUGAUCUGAUCUAAGGACCUCUUUUUUCUUUUCUUUUUUCUUUUCUUUUUUUUUUCCCUCUCGUCUUUUCUUCUCCACCACCCCCUCCAGACCAUCUCUCUCUCUCUCCCUCUCUCUCUCCGCUUGUGUUGUACCUGAAAAUCCAAACAAACGCAAACAAAUGGAUCCUCGAUCUCAUCCGGCUAGACCUCCCUCGACGAGUCUGCCUCAGGGCUCUACGCCGUUGUCAUCGAAUCCUAUCUCGAGUAUGCCGAUGCCUCAAUACACGAUGCAGCCGCAAUACUCCGUCUCGCAGCCUCAUACCCUGCCUCCCUUGCAGCCGCAUCAUACUCAAUCCCCCGCGCCGCACUACAUGCCCCAGCCCUACCGCCCGGACCUGUCGCGCUAUCCGGCGACCACCGCGCAUGAUGUCUACGCCGCCUCCGCCGCGCCCAUCAUGCCGCACACCACCGUGGGCAGCCUGCCGCCUUCCUCCUUCCUCUCCCACCCCAAUCCUCAGGCGCAGCAGUCGCAAUACCCGCCCCCGCACAGUGUCCUGCCCCCCUCGUCCACCGCGCAGUCCUACCCGCAACCCAUUGCGCCCGCCCCCCCGCGCGACCGCCGUCCGGACUUCGCCAGCAUGCCCUCGGGCGCCUUCAGCUACUCGGACGGCAAGACCUCGCCCUGGGUGAACCCCGCCGAUCCCAUCGGGGUAAACGGUGCCUCGCCCUACGCCCCCAAGGAGCCGCCUCGCACCCAGGUUGUCGGCUCCCAGGGUCGCCGCGGCAUCCUCCCCAGCGUCCCCGGCCGCGCCGCCCCCAUCACCAAUGGUGUCAACGGCACCGCCAAGAGCACCACCAUCCCCGCCAAGGAUGCCGAUGGGAAGUUCCCUUGCCCUCACUGCAACAAGACCUACCUGCAUGCUAAGCACCUCAAGCGUCACCUGCUCAGACAUACUGGUGAUCGGCCGUACAUGUGCGUCCUGUGCAAGGACACGUUCUCUCGCAGUGACAUUCUGAAGCGCCACUUCCAGAAGUGCUCCCUCCGCCGCGGUAACCCGACUGGCGCAACCCAUCUGUCACAUCCUAACGCGCAUUUGAGAAAGAAUCAACAAGCGGCGAACAAUCUGGCAAAGAAUGCUCAGGAUGAAGUCAGUAGUACCAUCCCACCUCCCCAUGGUCUUAUCGGCGAUGGGGCCGUGAACGGGAACGGGCUGGCCUCUGGCCGACCGGGGUUCACGGAACAGCAGCCUCUAGGAUACUCCCCCCUGCACGCCGCCAACGGAAUGAGCCGUGGUCCGUCGGACGACGCGUUCCCCGCUGGCCAAGCGCCCCCGCGAGCAUCCUGGAUGGCUGCUCAUCCCCCGAAGCAGAACAUGUACCUGAUGCAGCCUGGCACUGAUGCCUCUGGCCAGCCUUUGAAUGUUGACCGUCCUUCCCUUGAACAGGCAAAGCCACCGAUCGUUUCUGAUCCUAAGCGGCCAGUCAUGCCGGGGCCCCCUCACCCGGGUCAGCCCAGCGAGAUCGACUGGACCUCGAUGUUCCAGCCCGGCGCCUCCGACGGUUACAUCAACCCGGUCUUCCCGCAAUCCAUGGCGGCCGGUCAAGAACCCAUCCAGGCUCAUGUCGAUGUUGAGAGAAAAUUCUACCCGGCCACCUCUGCAGGUCCCCCUCAGGAGGGUGGCAUUAACGGGCUCUACUUGGCCUCCACCACCUUGGCAGGCGACGGCACCGUGCAGCCCGCUCGUCAGUAGAUUGGAACCACAAGGAUUCGUUGCCGCGCUACUUGACCUGAUUGAACCGAUAUGCCUUCUUCUGAUGGUUUCUAUUAUCUUUUUCUCUCUCUCCAACAAUACAGCAAUUCAAGAAGAAAAACCCCAGCAUAUCGGCUACUUUUUCUGGAUGUCGCGGCUGCCUUCCAGUGUGUUGUGAAAUUGGCACUUGAUGACAAAAUUUUCCUCUCAACCGAUUGCUUGCAUCCUUUGACCUCGAACGGCAAGUCCAAUUUCGUGGUGAUUUUCGAUUUCAGUCUGUUUUGUUUCCCAUCCACUCGAAGUGGGCAGGUGGUAUGGUGGGUUUAUUUGGCGUCCAGCUAUAGACUUGGGCAUUGUCGAUUUGAUUCC